AACUGAGCAGUAGGUUUUAUCAAGUAUCCAUGUGGCAAACAUGUCAGGGAUUGGAUGCAUACUAUGGCUGAAGUGGUUGACAAAUAUCUGUGCUAUUGGUACACAGAAGUAAUAAGGAUUGGAGGAAAGCGUCUUUGAAAGAAAAUGGGCUGGGGGAUUGGGGUAUUCUCAUUAGGAGAGGUCUCAAAAUUGGUAUUUGUUUCUGAGCAGCUGCUAAUAUGUCUGAGGCUUAGAAUUGACAUGGUAAAUCUAAAACAGUCUCAGCAGUGAUUAGCUGACCUCACCCAAGUUCCAGGCCCUACUCUGCGUGAUCCUUUUCUUGAGCCUCAGAGCUAAAAUGCUCCUGAGCUCAUUCCUAUUGGCUGGGAAGACCAAUUGAAGUUCCCUUGCCCAUGUUAGGAGGUGUACGCCUUCUGAACUAAAGAUAGACACAGCUGCCCCUUCCAGACAGCUAAAAGCUUCCAGACUAAGAGGUCUUCCCCACUCGGCAGCCAGACUCCUUGAAAUACCCUUUCAGUAAUUCUACCAACGCUUCCAUGUCUCUACUCUGCCAUAACAAAGGCUGUGGGCAGCACUUUGACCCCAAUACCAAUCUUCCUGAUUCCUGUUGCCAUCACACUGGGAUCCCCAUCUUCCAUGAUGCACUUAAGGGUUGGUCCUGCUGCCGGAAGCGAACUGUAGAUUUCUCUGAGUUCUUAAACAUCAAGGGCUGUACUGUGGGACCACACUGUGCUGAGAAGCUCCCUGAAGCCCCUCAACUUGAGGGCCCUGGCACAAGCAGUUCAUUUCAGGAGCAAAAACUGACUACGAUUCCAAAAUCAGCAGAGACUUUGCGCCGGGAGAGGCCCAAGUCAGAGUUGCCUCCAAAGCUGCUUCCGCUAAAUAUAUCCCAAGCCCUGGAAAUGGCAUUGGAAAAGAAGGAAUUAGACCAGGAAUCUGGAGCAGGACUUGACAGUAGUCUGAUCCAGACUGGUUCCAGCUGCCAGAACCCAGGAUGUGACACUGUUUACCAAGGCCCUGAGAGUGAUGCUACUCCAUGUACUUACCACCCAGGAGCACCUCGAUUUCAUGAGGGGAUGAAGUCUUGGAGCUGUUGUGGCAUCCAGACCCUGGAUUUUGGGGCCUUCCUGGCACAGCCAGGAUGCAGAGUUGGUAGACAUGACUGGGGGAAGCAGCUACCAGCAUCUUGCCGUCAUGAUUGGCACCAGACAGAUUCCUUAAUAGUGGUGACUGUGUAUGGCCAGAUUCCACUUCCUGCAUUCAACUGGGUGAAGGCCAGUCAAACUGAGCUUCAUGUCCACAUUGUUUUUGAUGGUAACCGUGUGUUUCAAGCACAGAUGAAGCUCUGGGGGGUCAUAAACGUGGAGCUGAGCUCUGUCUCCUUGAUGCCGUCUCGGGUUGAAAUCUCCCUGGUGAAGGCUGACCCAGGAUCCUGGGCCCAGCUAGAGCACCCUGAUGCACUAGCUGAGAAGGCUAAGGCAGGGAUUGGGUUAGAGAUGGAUGAGGAAGAAUCUGAGGACUCAGAUGAUCUGAGCUGGACAGAGGAGGAGGACGAGGAGGAAGCAAUGGGGGAAUAGUGACACCAAACAAUCAAGUAUCUAGACAGGACCUCAAUAAAUCUCAUAGGAUCUCAGAGACCAGGAUAUGGUUGGCCAUGUGCUAUUGAGCAGCAGGAGGCUGAAGGAGGGGAGAACAAAAAUAUCCAAACCAUGCUGUUUUUUUCUCUUAAAUAAAUCUGUUAUUCUACAGUUUCA